AGGGACCCUGGCAGGUCCAUGUCACUCAUCGUCUUGGUCAAAGUCGGUAACGUCAUCAGAAACGGUAUUGGGCCAGUGAUCCAACAAGUGCCGACCGGCGGCAACAUCUCCAGGCGCAACGGGGAGGCCUUCAGUUGCCGGACCUGGACCAAGGAUGCGCUAGCUCAUCUUUCGGCAAUGGGGAUUGUCGUCCUGAAAGCCGAUGUUGACACAUUGCAGGAAAUGGCCAAGAGGUAUGGCGCCAGGUACGCUGCGCAGGCUGAGACCGGCAGGGGAGCUUGCGUGGUCAACUGAGUCCCCGACCAUCGGAUCCCAAGAUCAGGGCUCCUUCACGAAAUCAACUAUAUCGAGCAGGUCGACUACGUUCACUCGGAGGUAGAUGCUGCUAGCAGAAUAUGUGGAGGCCCCGUGGGCAGAUUCUCGGGAGAUUGGAAGUUGAAUGAAGUCGAGGCGAAAUGUUUG